AUGGCUACUAUCAACAAAUCAAUAGACCCUGUGUUGCGGGAGCCGCUUCUUGGUCCCUUGCUCCUGCGACAAGGGACUCCUUCAGGCACCUCAGGCACCACUGCAGCCACCGCAGCCCCCGCGGGUGGGUUCGGAGGAUUUGGGACAACAUCUACAACAGCAGGUUCUGCUUUCAGCUUUUCUGCUCCAACUAGCACAGGCACUACUGGACUGUUUGGUGGUACUCAGAAUAAAGAUUUUGGAUUUGGUUUUGGCACAACUGGAACUAGUACUGGUUUAGGUACUAGUUUGGGAACUGGACUUGGAUUUGGAGGAUUUAAUACACAGCAGCAGCAACAACAAACUGCAUUAGGUGGUCUCUUCAGUCAGCCUACACAAGCUCCUGCCCAGUCCAAUCAACUGAUAAAUACUGCAAGUGCUCCUUCUGCUCCAACACUGUUGGGAGAUAAGAGAGAUGCUAUUUUGGCAAAAUGGAAUCAACUGCAGGCCUUUUGGGGAACAGGAAAAGGAUAUUUCAACAAUAACAUUCCACCAGUGGAAUUCACACAAGAAAAUCCCUUUUGCCGAUUUAAGGCAGAGGAUUAUAGUUGUAUGCCCAAUAAUAAAGAUGAAGAUGGGCUAGUGGUUUUAGUUUCUAACAAAAAAGAAACAGAUAUUCGAAGCCAGCAACAGAAAUUGGUAGAAUCAUUGCAUAAAGUAUUGGGAGGAAACCAGACCCUCAGAGUAAAUGUAGAGGGUAUUAAAAUACUGCCAGAUGAUCAGACAGAAGUUGUCAUUUAUAUUAUUGAGCGUUCUCCAAAUGGUACUUCAAGAAGAGUUCCAGCUACAACACUGUAUGCCCAUUUUGAACAAACCAAUAUAAAAACACAACUGCAGCAACUUGGUGUAACCCUCUCUAUGACUAGAACAGAACUGUCUCCUGCACAGAUCAAACAACUUUUACAAAAUCCUCCUGGGUGGGAAAAAGCCAAGGUGGAUAACCCUGAUUCUGAAAAGUUAAUUCCUGUUCCAAUGGUGGGUUUCAAAGAACUUCUUCGAAGACUGAAGGUUCAAGAUCAGAUGACUAAGCAGCAUCAGACCAGAUUAGAUAUUAUAUCUGAAGAUAUUGGUGAAUUACAGAAGAAUCAAACUACAACUAUGGCCAAAAUUGCGCAAUACAAGAGGAAACUCAUGGACCUUUCCCACAGAACCUUACAGGUCCUAAUCGAACAGGAAAUUCAGAGGAAGAGUAGGUAUGCCAUCCAAGCUGAUGAAGAGCAGUUGCGAGUUCAGCUAGAUACAAUUCAGUGUGAACCAAAUGCACUUACUCAGUUUAAGGGUCAACUAAAUGAACUGAUGUCCCAAAUCAGGAUGCAGAAUCAUUCUGGAACAGUCAUAGAUACAGACUGGGAAUCGAACCUGAGACCCUUCGGUCCACAGGCCAAUACUUUAACCACUAAGCCAAACCAGCCAGGGUUCAUUCUGCCUUUUAAUGUUGCCUAG